GAUUAUAUUUGUCAUUUGACACUUAGGAAAAUUGAAAAUUAAAAAAUUGGAAGAGUCAAGAAAUCUUUUACUACACGUUUUUUCCUCGUGGACCCCACCUCUUCUCCCCACUCUCUUUUGUCGCCGCCAAGGAAAAAAGGGAAAAAAAAUUGGGAGAAUUUGAUUUGGCAUAUUUAUAUAGAGAGCUGAAAUGUAUGUAAAUGGUUCGUAGGUUAAGACAACGUACCUCAAUCGGCGUUCGUUAGUAACUAUUCGGUGAUGCUUGGCGUAUUGUGCGCACGACCUCCCAAGCCUUGGAUCCUGAACUCGCUCUCUUUGAUCGCCCACGGAGGUUCAGCGGCUCACCACCAGGACAGCCGUGUAGUGCACUGGCCGGCACAUUUCGCCAACUUAUCAGCUGAUAAUCGGCGUUGCCGGCAUCACUCCACGGCUUGUCGGCUUGCAGGCUCAGACGGCGGUGCGGCUUCUAUAUGGCAUGCGAUCUUGCCAUGCGGCGGCAGCGGAGGAGGGCGGAGGAGAGGGGAGGUUUGGAAGAAUGUGGAGAGGAAAGGGGAAGGUUCCUGGAAUGUGGCUUGGGAUGCCAGACCGGCUCGGUGGCUUCAUCGGCCCGACUCUGCUUGGCUUCUCUUUGGCGUUUGCGCUUGUCUUGCGCCGAUGAUUGAUUUUGCCGACGUUAAUUCUGACGCUGAUGACAAAAUCGAAAGUACUGACUUAAAUUUAAUAAAUCGCUUCAGCGCCGAUGAGAAGAGUAGUAGUUCAUCUUCGGCUGCUGCUGCUUCUGCCGCCGCCGAUAAUUACAAAGUUACAGGGGUUUUAGCGGAUGGACGAUGUCUUUUCAGAGCAAUAGCUCACGGAGCUUGUUUGAGGACUGGGGAAGAAGCUCCUGAUGAGAACCGUCAAAGAGAACUCGCUGAUGAACUAAGAGCUCAGGUUGUGGAUGAGCUUUUGAAGAGGAGGGAAGAAACGGAAUGGUUUAUUGAGGGAGAUUUUGAUGCUUAUGUUAAGGAAAUUCAACAGCCUUAUGUUUGGGGUGGGGAGCCUGAAUUAUUGAUGGCUUCUCAUGUUUUGAAGAAAGAAGUAAUGGAAGUGGCACUCAAGUUAAUGCUGGAGGACAUGUGAUUUGAUUUUAAUGGUGAUGAUUUAAAGGUAGCAGUGCUCAUCUUUACACUGCCCCCCACUAAAAAGGAAAAAGCAGUUGUUCAUGUGGGAAAGUUGCAUGUCAAUAAGCAUAGAGGUGGUAUGGUAACGUGCCGUUGUUGUUAAUGAUAUUGUUUUCGUUUCGACUUUCUAGUGAAAUUCUUGCAGUAGCGUGAGGAAGACAAUUGGAGUCACACUGUUUUCUUAUGCUUCCAAAAGUUGGUUGCCAUGGAAAAGAUAGAUGAAAUAAAAAUGCUUUGGAAGUAGUAGUUGAUUAUGUUAUCGUGCCAUCUCACUCUCUAAUUUUAAAGGAAGGACAGGACAACAGUCAUCUGUAAAAUGAACGUUGUCCAAACAUAUAUAGAAAUAAAGGGGAAAAAUAUUUUCCUCUUCCUUACCCUAGAUUCUCCUUCCGGGGACCCUUACAGUGGGAUCUUUUAUGCUGAACUUUCAUGAGCGAUCUUAAAUUGUGGCCUUCAAUUUUAACAAAGGCAAUCAAAACAAUUGA